AUGGACAAUUUCCUCUCCCGCAUGCUUUUAUUUCCUCCCCAUCCAGCGCCCUUGGUACCUCUCACGGAUUUGCAAUAUGAUACUGGCAUCACAUCACAAAUCGACAGUUUAAAGAAGACCUCCGAGAAGACAUUGUUACAGCCGACUGCAGGUGAUGAAAGUCCUUUAGAUGUGAUCAACCCCUCAUUAAAUACAGUUCCAUACAUCUACAUUCUAAGAGCCCACAUCGCUGCGGCCCAUAGAGGCGAGAAGGGAGUCAACGUCAAUGACUUAUGGGAGAAGGCGACAGCCUUUUUACAUAGUUUCGAUAAAAGGCAGAUCCGAUACCUUGGCAAAGAGAUACAAGAUGUCAUGGAAUUUGUAGCGCAAGUUGCUUCGGAACAACGUCAGCCAGGUGCUGCCAUUCCCCCAAUUAGAGAAGCAAUACUUCGAAUCGACCCCUCAGGAUCGGUCCUUACCUCAAACCAUAUAUAUCUUGUCCGGUUGGCUCUCCAAACACGUUACUUCGCUGCCAUUACAGAACUUAUUGACAAACCCAUCCUUUAUAUACCUGCCAAGCAACCAGUUUCAUACACACGUUAUCUUUGCGAAGCCGACCUACCGGCACAAUCCUAUGUGACGAUCAAAUCGAACUUUUCCACCAAACUAAAUCCUCUCGAGAUACUAGAGUAUUUCUAUUACAGUGGAUCAAUCUAUAUUGGUUUACAGAGAUGGGACGCUGCAUUGGAGAUGUUGGAGAAUGCUAUAAUAUAUCCAUCAAAUGAUAAUAGCGUGAGCCUUGUCAUGGUUGAGGCAUACAAAAAAUGGUUACUCGUUGGACUUCUUCAAUAUGGAAAGGUCCUUCAACUUCCAAAGACCACUUCCCCGGCCGCCGCUAAAGCAUUCCACAUUAUUGCAAAACCAUACGAAGCUAUUGCCGGUAUCUUUGAAACUGGAUCAGCGGCACGAUUAAAGAGCGAGGCCGAAUUCGGUCGACAGAUAUGGUCUGACGAUGCUAAUUUCGGGUUAAUUUGCUGUGUUCUGGCUGCUUAUCAAAAGUUUCAGAUCCGUAAUCUUGCCAACGUCUAUUCAAAAAUUGGAGCUGCGGAUAUCAUGGGUCUUACGAUGAGCGCAGAAACUGGUGCAAAGUUAACUUCAAUCAAACAGAUUGAAGAUCUUGUACAGAGCAUGAUCGCCGAAGGCACUUUACCUGCAACUAUGAUUCGAGAUCAAUCUGGCCAUGCAGUUGUUACGUUCUCGCCAACCGGUCCAGUCCUUUCGGAAACCCAAGUUCAAAAUGAUUUAGUGGCAUCGACUCGACGUAUCCAAUCAUUAGCCAAACAAAUCAAAGUUACGGAUAGAGUUUUGACACAUGACAAGCGAUAUAUUGACAGUGCUCAGAAGGCUCAGUUGAAGCUGAAAAAUGCUGCCAACGCUGGUGGAACAGCAGAGCCCUUGGACUGGAACUCUAUAAUUGAGGACGAGGACAUAAUGAUGGAGACAUAG